AUGGCUGUCUGCGUCGGGAUGCUGCGCCUCGGGAGACUGUGCGCGGGGCGCCCGGGGGUGCUGGGGGCCCGGGUCGUCCUCGUCCGAGACUGGCGGGAAGCGAUCUUGCAGGGCGUCCGCUCUCUCAGUUCUGGAGAUGUAGAUCAGGCCACCCCCCUGCCCAUUGGAGGCCUCAGCUACGUUCAGGGCCGCACCAGAAUGCGUCUUGUCAGCAAGACUGUGGGAUGGUGCCUUGACACCACAGCCCAGAGGUUACCAGACCGGGAGGCCUUGGUUGUCGUCCAGGAGAACAUCAGACUGACAUUUGCCCAGCUCAAGGAAGAGGUGGACAAGGCUGCUUCAGGACUCCUGAGCCUCGGCCUCAGCAAGGGUGACCGACUGGGCAUGUGGGGACCUAACUCAUACGCUUGGGUGCUCAUGCAGCUGGCCACCGCUCAGGCGGGCAUCAUUCUGGUGUCUGUGAACCCAGCCUACCAGGCAUUGGAACUGGAGUAUGCCCUCAAAAAGGUAGGCUGCAAAGCCCUCGUGUUCCCCAAGCAAUUUAAGACCCAGAAAUACUAUGACAUCCUGAAGCAGAUCUGUCCAGAGCUGGAGGGGGCCCAGGUGGGGGCCUUGAAGAGUCAGAGACUCCCAGAGCUGACCACACUCAUCUCAGUGGAUGACCCUCUGCCGGGGACCCUGCUCCUGAAGGAGGUGGUAGCGGCAGGCAGCUCGGAGCAGCACAUGGCUCGACUCCGUUAUACCCAGCAGUUCCUGUCCUGCCAUGACCCCAUCAACAUCCAGUUCACUUCGGGGACAACAGGCCAUCCCAAGGGUGCUACCCUCUCCCACUACAACAUUGUCAACAACUCCAACAUGAUUGGGGAGCGCCUGAAAAUGCACCUGAAGACACCAGAGAAGCUUCGGGUGGUCCUGCCCAGCCCCCUGUACCACUGCCUGGGCUCUGUGGGGGGGACAAUGGUGAGCGUGAUGCACGGGGCCACCCUCAUCCUGUCCUCUCCGAGCUUCGAUGGCAAGAUGGCGCUGGAGACUAUUAGCAAAGAGAGAGGUUCUUUCCUAUAUGGUACUCCCACCAUGUUUGUAGAUGUUCUGAACCAGCCAAACUUCUCCAGUUACGACAUCUCAUCCUUGUGUGGAGGUGUGAUUGCUGGAUCCCUCGCACCUCCAGAGCUGAUCCGAGUCAUCAUUAGCAAGUUGAAUAUGAAGGAGCUGGUGGUUGCUUAUGGAACCACAGAGAACAGCCCCGUGACCUUCAUGAACUUCCCGCAAGACACGGUGGAGCAGAAGGCAGAAAGUGUGGGCAGAAUCAUGCCUCACACAGAGGCCCAGAUUGUGAACAUGGAGACCAGCGCACUGGUAGAACUGAACCAACCUGGGGAGCUGUGGAUCCGAGGCUACUGCGUCAUGCUGGGCUACUGGGACGAGCCCCAGAAGACAGAGGAAGCAGUCAGGCAGGAUAGGUGGUACCGGACAGGAGACAUCGCCAUGAUGGACGAGGAAGGCUUCUGUAAGAUUGUGGGCCGCUCCAAGGACAUGAUCAUCCGGGGCGGGGAGAACAUCUACCCUGCGGAGCUCGAGGACUUCUUUCACAAACAUCCGCAGAUACAGGAGGCACAGGUGGUAGGUGUGAAAGAUGCAAGGAUGGGGGAGGAAGUAUGUGCCUGCAUCAGGCUGAAGAAUGGGGAGAAUGUCACACCUGAGGAGAUCAAGGAUUUCUGCAAAGGGAAGAUCUCCCACUUCAAGAUUCCCCGCUACAUCGUGUUUGUCAACAAGUACCCCCUCACCAUCUCAGGAAAGGUUCAGAAAUUCAAACUUCGAGAGGAGAUGGAACGGCAUCUGAAACUGUGA